GCGGGGGGCGGGCCGGCACCCCGCGCUCCCCUGGCUGCCCGGGCCCAAGGGCUGGGAGAUCGGGGUGAGCGCAGCGCUGGCAGGAAGGGACCGGUCGCUGUGGCGAGUCCAACGCCUGCUGCUCCAGACUUUUCUUCCAGCCGUGAAACCUCCAUCGUGCCACAUCAUGGUGCUUCUCCUACAGAGUGUGUGAUGAGGAGCGGAGUUUGGCUGUGGCGUUCUCGGAAGCAGCGGCGUUGCCGGGGACUCGGAGCCCAGCGCUGACCGCUAGAGAGGCCCCCACACAAUGAACAAACUGAACUUCCGUAACAACAGAGUCAUGCAAGACCGCCGGAGUGUGUGCAUUUUCCUUCCCAAUGACAAGUCUCUGAACAUCAUCAUCAAUGUUAAAAUUCUGUGUCACCAGUUGCUGGUCCAGGUGUGUGACCUACUCAGGCUAAAGGACUGUCACCUCUUUGGACUCAGUGUUAUACAGAAUAAUGAGCAUGUGUAUAUGGAGCUGUCACAAAAGCUUUAUAAGUAUUGUCCAAAAGAAUGGAAGAAAGAGGCCAGCAAGGUACGACAAUACGAAUUCUCUUGGGGUAUUGACCAGUUUGGACCUCCUAUGAUUAUCCACUUCCGAGUACAGUACUAUGUGGAAAACGGCAAACUGAUCAGUGACAGAGCAGCAAGAUUCUAUUAUUACUGGCACCUGAAAAAACAAGUGCUUCAUUCUCAGUGUGUGCUCCGCGAGGAGGCCUAUUUCCUGCUGGCAGCCUUUGCCCUGCAGGCUGACCUUGGGAACUUCAAAAGGGAUAAGCACCAAGGAAAAUACUUCGAGCCGGAGGCUUACUUCCCAUCUUGGGUUGUUGCCAAGAGAGGGAAGGACUACAUCCUGAAGCACAUUCCAAACAUGCACAAAGAUCAGUUUGCACUGACCGCUUCCGAGGCUCACCUUAAAUACAUCAAAGAGGCCGUCCGGCUGGACGACGUCGCCGUCCACUACUACAGAUUGUAUAAGGAUAAAAGGGAAAUUGAAGCUUCUCUGACCCUCGGGCUGACCAUGCGGGGAAUACAGAUUUUCCAGAAUUUAGAUGAAGAGAAACAAUUACUUUAUGACUUCCCCUGGACAAAUGUUGGAAAGUUGGUAUUUGUGGGUAAGAAAUUUGAGAUUUUGCCAGAUGGCCUGCCCUCAGCCAGGAAGCUCAUAUACUACACGGGGUGCCCCCUGCGCUCCAGGCACCUCCUGCAGCUGCUGAGCAACAGCCACCGCCUCUACAUGAACCUGCAGCCCAUCCUGCGCCACAUCCGGAAGCUGGAGGAAAACGAAGAGAAGAAGCAGUACCGGGAAUCUUACAUCAGUGACAACCUGGACCUUGACAUGGACCAGCUGGAGAAGCGGUCCCGGGCCAGCGGGAGCAGCGUGGGCAGCAUGAAGCAUAAGCGCCUGUCUCGUCACUCCACCGCCAGCCACAGCAGUUCCCACACCUCGGGCAUCGAGGCGGACACCAAGCCUCGGGACCCGGGGCCGGAGGACAGCUACUCCGGCAGCGCCAUCCACCGCAAGCUGAAGACCUGCAGCUCGAUGACCAGCCACGGCAGCUCCCACACCUCAGGGGUGGAGAGCGGCGGCAAGGACCGGCUGGAAGAGGACUCGCAGGACGAUGAAAUAGAGAUGUUGGUUGAUGACCCGAGGGACCUGGAGCAGCUGAACGAAGACUCGCUGGAGGUCAGCCCGGACAUGUGCAUCUACAUCACGGAGGACAUGCUCCUGUCGCGGAAGCUCAAUGGACACUCUGGGUUGAUUGUGAAAGAAAUCGGUUCUUCCACCUCCAGCUCCUCCGAAACAGUUGUCAAACUUCGUGGCCAGAGUACCGAUUCUCUUCCACAGUUGUUUCAGACUUCCCUUGUUUUGCAGACUAUAUGUCGAAAACCAAAGACUUCCACCGAUCGGCAUAGCUUGAGCCUCGAUGACAUCAGACUUUACCAGAAAGACUUCUUGCGCAUCGCCGGUCUGUGUCAAGACACUGCUCAGAGCUACACCUUCGGCUGUGGCCACGAACUGGACGAGGAAGGCCUCUACUGCAACAGCUGCUUGGCUCAGCAGUGUGUCAACAUCCAGGACGCUUUUCCAGUCAAAAGAACCAGCAAAUACUUUUCUCUGGACCUCACUCAUGACGAAGUUCCGGAGUUCGUUGUAUAAAGUACGUCUGCGUGCAGCUCUACGGCAGCCCUGUUCCCCGGGGGCCGUGAAAGCCAUGAGUUCUUUCUUAUUCCUCGUGCCAUAUCUCCCUCACCCAAAACACAGCUCUUUCUUUAUAUUUGCGCCGGAAACAAAGCCGUGGGACAAUUGCACUUUAAGUAUUACACAGACGUGAAAGAGAAUGUACAGCAAGACAAGUGCCUGGAGUUCACGAGCCUUCGGAAGGAAAUGUGCUUUACUGGUUACCCAGCCUUCAGAAUAGUGAACCGUGGUGUGUUUGCUCACCGUUUUGUUUUUUUAGUUCAGUCCCACGUAAUAACAUCAUGUUUUUUAUCAUGGGCAUGAUGGCAGGGUUGUGUGCCUGUACAUUUUUUUAUCGCUCCCUCAUGAAAUGCCCAUGUUUUGAGGGAGGAGAAAAGAGUCUCCUUUCUCUGGAGGGACCGUGGCCUAGCCCACACCCACUGCCGCCACACUGGGGCUGCACCAGUGUGAACCCUGGCGAAGCAGU